AUGGCCGCCCGAAAAGUGUGGAAGAUGUUGCCGACAAAUUACUUUCUGAUAACAACUCUUCGAGCCCCAUAUUCAUCAAGGUGGACGCAGCUAAAAGACACUAAGCUAUAUGUUCGUGGGUGAGUAAAUAUUUUGAAGUUGUGAUCAUUUCGUUGCCAAGACAAGACAAUGCUUUAUUUGGAGUCUUAUACAGUCCUAUGUACAUCGACUUUAUCCAAAUAAUUUAAAAUCAUAACACAAAUUGCAUACUAGUGGAACUAUGAUCAAUGUUAACCUAAAGAGAACUAAUGAUCUUCUUUUCUCAUGGCAGUCGAAUGCGUAUUUUGCAUUUAACUUUUGCACUGGUUGAGGUCUUGUGCCACAUUAAUUUAAUUUUACUGCAUGAUGUAAACAGCCGUUGUCGUCUCCUGUUAUGCAAUCAUGUUCUGGUUAAGAGACAUGGCUUGAUACGUUUUAAAGCUAUAGUGGUGACGAGUAUGAAAUUUCUCGAGCCGCAGAAUACCCUACUACUUCCAAACUGUAUCCUUAAAAGAGGCAGAGACGUUGAUACGAUUCCGAUUAAGCGCUUUUUCUAUCGAUCUUCAUCAAGAAAACAGGCUCUUUAUGAGCACCAGCCUGUUCCUUUGUUUAACUCUUCAAGCCCUAAUAUCAGCAUGCCCAUUCUCCGCACUGUUCUGUAUAAAUUUCCUGUGGUACUGAUGAUAAGAAUUUGUUUGACGAGGAAGUCCUUUUUUUCACUUGCUGAUCAAUUUUCAUUUUCCCUGAUGAUCUCUGUGUUCGAUUCAGCAGUGUUGCUGUGAGAAGAAUUUAACAGUUGGUCACUCUUGGGAAUUAAAGGGUUAAGUUUAAUUGCAUGCUCUAUAGUGAUACAGACCUAUUGAUAUUAAUGUGCCAAACAGAAAUAACAACAACAACAUUUGUAAACAGUGAUGUCUCCUAUAUAUUGCAGACUACAAGCUGCCCAGAGGACGUACAGUAGUUCAAGUAAAGAAAGUACAGCAGAAUCUGGUGAAGAUCCAAAAAACAAGCCAAUACGCUUCUCAACUUCCAGAGCACGUCACAUGACUCUUAAUCAAACCCUGGGAAUUGGACAAAUAGAAAUUGAGAAGAACCCAUCAAAGAAGUCCAUCUACAUUGGAAUGGUCCUUAUGGCUAUCAUGACAUAUAUUAUUUUCUUUUUACCUCCAGACCAAGAUGAACUUGAUCUGCUUGAGUUAGAGAUUGAGAAGUAUGAGAGGGAACAGGCUAAGAGGCAAUGA